AUGGGAUGGCUGCUGAACUAUCUUACAUCCGUUGGCAUGGGCAUUGGUAAGCAGGGCCAGUUUUUGACAGAGGUGAUCGACUUGAUCAAAAUGUUCGUCCGAAACAAAUCCCGUACCGGUCAAAGCUUCCGAAGCAAGUUUGCCAAAUAUGCGAUCCGGGAGUGCUUUGAGAUGCUCGCGGUGAACAGCCGGAGAGAGACCCAUGGCAACAAGGAGGAGGCCAAAGCCAAAGCAGAUUUGACGGCCAAGAUCAUCGAGUUGCUCAAGGACUGCUCCAGGCCACUAUCAGGCGGUUUGCGGAAGUUUCUGCGGCGAGUGGAUCUGCUGCAGUCAAUUCGGGAGGUGUUGCAGCAAGAGGAGCGUACCAGCGGAAAGCAUCCCCCUACACAGAUCCUGGAGAUCUGGACUGGUCGGGACAUCCGUCAGGUACUCUUGCCAAUCGUGACCAGUCCUGCCUUCGAUGUGCACGGGCCCGUGGUGCAUGCAGCUUUGAUGCGUCUGGCUGAUGUCAUACAGGGAAAGCCGGACUACAUGUACGACGACAUUCUUCAGGAUGUACCGCCAACGGAUGAAGCCGGACCCUGGCCGGGCUUGACAGUACUGUAUAGGCAUCAAAGGAAAGAAUACCGGGAUGCGGUAGAACAAGAAGACAGUACCUAUCAGCAGGAGUAUUUCAUGAAUAGCAGAGGCCUGGAUCCCUUGUUAGACUUCGCCAAUCGGUUCUUUUCAGCCAAUGAAGAUCUGAACAUCAUCUGGAACAGGGUGCAGGACAGACUGGCGACGGAGCUUGGUGAGAAAGAGAGGAGCCUGCGCGCUAAAUGGGAAGGCCAUCAGCAAGAUGUCUUCCAAGCCGAAGCUGGAACGAAGACAACGGCGGAGGAAAAAGCUAUGUCGGAGCUCGUCCAGGACUUGAUGGCGGCACGUCUGCGCAUUCUGAACGAAGGGGCAGCUGCGCAUUUCCGGUGCAACCUCAACAAGUACGACCAAAAGAAGCAAGAGUUCUCCUUGUCAAAGCUCGCCAAAGUUUACGCGAACUUUUGGAAAGACAACGAGAAUCGUGCCAAUCAAGAGGUGCAGGAACGUAAUGAUGCUGUCUACGAGCUUCUCCGCAUCCCAGACAAGCUUGCAAUAGAAGGGCAGCUGAAAGAUGUAAAGGAUCUCCCUCGUGUACCCAGAAGGCAGCGACGCAUCCGGCAACCGCACAGAGACUUCGACAAGCUUGUAUAUCAAGCAUCGAAAGCGCACCGGAUCAUGAAGACUAUGCUUUGCGACUCAUCAAAAGCAGACCACGUAGAAGCCGCGAGGUGGUGUGAGUAUGAGCCAGACCCAAAUGGCCCACCGAACGUGCUGGCAGUCGGUCUGGUUGACUUCCUGCAGGACAAUCAGGCCCUCGCCAUCGAUGCAGGAUUCCGGUCGCGUGAGGAGCUGUUGGUCCAGGACAAGUACAAGUACUUCAAGCGUCAUGAUAGGCGCACCAACUUGUCGUGCAUCUACUUGGAGUUCCCGGAUGCGCGCUGCCUGCUCGCUGCGCUGAAGGAGUUCUUGAAGCGUGCGCAGCGGCUCUUUCUGUACCAGGUUCGAAAUCGCUUUCGGCUGGCCACCAAUCUCGGCGAAUACUGCAUCGUUCUGAAGUUUCAGCAUCAGCUUCCGCUUCCGGACUCAGCAAUCCACUACUCAGAGCUUCGCAUGUGCUUAAGUGGAAAGUCCAAGAAGAACAACACUGUCCAGCAGUAUCGCGACACAAUGAAGAAGGCUGAAGAAAUCUUGCAGCACAGCUGCAACGUUCCUCCCUCCGAGACCGGUUUGGUGGCGCAAUACAUCUCAACCAUGUUGAGAAGCCGUAGCAUCUACCACUCGGAUAUCAUCUUCCUGCGAUGCAAAGAUGUCAAUCUGGAGGUCGAUGGUGAGGAGGUAUUCUGUCAGUCGGCGGAGCUCACGAGUUGCCAGCUCUUCGUCAUUGAGCGAGAGGCAGGUGAGGGUGUCGUCAAGACUGGCGACCGGAUUCGACUGAAGUCCAAGUUCACCCAGAAGUACUUGGAUGUACAUGCCAGUGGGCAUUUGAGAUGUCGCCUGUCAGAGAAGGCGGAGGACUAUGACAUGACGUUCACAGUUGAAACCAUUGGAUGCAGAGAUGACUAUGCGCUUAGCCGUUGUGGGAUGACGGGAACCUUGACCGAGUUCCGCAGCUUGCAUGUGGAGACGUCCUUGAAGCUCAAGGCCAGUGCUUCCAACUAUGUGACGGUGAGGCAGGGGGCCAACUUCUUGACAUCUUUUGGGGAGAAACUUGCUGUGAAAAGUGAGCCAAGUGAUGCCGCACAUGAGUCCGGCCAAGUCUUCACAAUCCUCAGGGAUGGAGCCAUGCUGCUGGAUUUUCAUGCGACGUACAACAGCAGCCGUGCGGCCAUCAGGACUUUGGCACACGAGACCUCCGACGAAGUCCUUCAAAAGACAAUGAUGGAAGCUCAUAUGCGGACUGAGAUUUCCAGUGGAGAUGUGGACACGCACGGGUCAUCCUUCCAGAGAGUCCCACCAGAAUUCAAGACAAUGAUGUGGAGCAUUGCUGGGCACUUCCGAAGCCACACUGGACACACCAAACAUCAUGCUUCUCACGAGGCAUCAAGCCUCCACAGGCUUUGCAUCAGAGCUGCCAAGAAUCUUGCAGCGAUAAUGCGAUGCAUCUACAUGAUGAUGGAAGUUCCGCAGUGCGUUGGUGGUCGGAGGUAUGUGCUGGAAACUUUCGCAAACCGAAUGACGCAGCACUCUCCGCUCCCGAGGAUUAUCGCAUUGGUGUCAGCUGUGCAAAUGGUGCGAAAGGAGAAGAUGCCGGACGGCGAGCUGGAUCUUACUUGCGCUUUGCUGCCGAUGAAGUUCAUGCGAUUUUGUGCUUCAGUGUUGUCGAACCUUUGGGUCUGCCAGAGACCGGACGAGCCUGAGGCUAUGUUCGCGGUGCCGCGAGAGCAGGAGCGACACGAAAGAGAGCUUGCCACCAUCGACCGCGAGAGAAUGCACUUGCUCAGCAUGGUGGGCUCCUACACUUGUGAUAUGGUGGUAGAGCCGAUGCUCGAGAAAUUGAGGGUAGCAGGGCAGCGACCUCUUAGCCGUGACGAGGUGCUCGUCUUCCAAGACUUCUCCAACCUGUGUCUUGCCCUUGUGCAGAGCAUCUUUGACAAUGAGAUGAGAUGCGUGUCAAACUCGUCCCAGGCCCACAAUCAUCACCAUCAUCAUCAAGCCAUUGCAGACAAGGACCGAGCUGGUGGACUUGGCGACGGACAAGGUGACCAGAAGGAUGCGAUGGUCCAGAAUGAUGACAGUGGCCAAGGAGAUGGAUUGAACACAAAUGUUCUGCUUGCCUUCAAUGCAGACAAGCGCAACGCCAGCUCUUUGUCGCAGGAUGCUCGUGCAGCCGUUGUCGCUGAAGUCAUCCCGGCAAGCACCAUCAAAGCGAUUUUGCAUCUAUUCCUCUACGCUCUGCACCAGGAGGCGAUCGCUUUCAGAAGUGCAACCAGGGACACUGAGAUUCCUGUUCGGGUCAUCUCGGGCAUCAUCAACCAGUGCAUCGCCGCUCUAGCAGCGCUCAUGAGUCUGACUGGCAAAUCCAAUGCAGAGUUUGGACCGGCAGAGGACGGCCCUGAAGCGGGGUCCUGCGAUUACGACGUUUGUGAAGCAGUCUCACAAGCCAUGACAGAGGGAGCUCAGCUGGUGCCCAGAGCCCGGGUUGCUCAGCUGCAGGCCGAGAGAUCUGCCGAUUCCCUUCGGUCCCAUGUGCAGCGGAUGAUGGAGGAGGGAGAGUUGGACUUCUCUCAGCCUGGGCGUGGGCGACAGAAAGCGUUCCUCACCGAGCGGAUCAACACUGUCGCAUUUGUGUGGACGCGUCUAGAUGGAGAUGUCCAGGACAAGCGAUGCCUGCUUGUCACCACUACGCGCUUCCGCAUGGCCUUGCUGCACGUUCCGGCCGAUGGGUCGACAAUACCACAACCUGCUGAACUACGUGUCGUGUCCCAACCGCGCAACCUGCAAGACAUGAGACGUGUGGUAUUCGACUUGAGGAUGCGGCAGAUUCUAUGCUUGGUCUGGGGGAAUGAUGAUGAUGACGUUGAUGAAGUUGUUUCGUUUCAGCUCCUGGUGUUCGAGAGCUCUGCACGCCGGCGGUCCUUCCAAGAGGCUUUGCGCAAAGUGCCACGGAAGCAGGGGUACUCUGGCGGUGAGGACGGAAAGAAUGAUGCAACGGCAUCCAUUCGAAAUCGUGCACGCGGCAUUCUUGAAUCGGCCGUGAAGCCUACUUCACUGGAGUCCCUCCGGGAGACAUGUCAAGUUCGCAGGGGUGGCAUUCCACUGGUCAGUGUUUCGUUUGUGCAGAGCUCUGGUGGAUUGGGCCUCAAUGGACAGCUGGACAUGCUCGUCCUGACUCGCUGCAGUGUGACUGUCGUCUCGUUCCAGAGCUUCUGGUCAAAGUUCUGGAGGACCAACGAUGAAAGAUACUAUGACGAGGAGGUCACCCAGGCAAGCCUGGAUACCGACUCAGAAGACGAUCGGCUACCACCCUUCAGCGAAAGUGUUGUGGCCACCUCCAAUGACCACGCCGACAAGUGCGAGGCACUGCACGGCCCGUGGGACUUGGACGACCUGCAAGGAGUCUGGUUCCUUUCCGAGACGAGUCCCAAGGUCCGGCUUCAGUUUGGAUCCACGAUCGAGAUCACAUUCUUGAGCGACGGGGAAAGGCAACGAUUUCGCCGACAUUUGGCCAGCAUCCUGGCAGAAGGCGCAGUCCCGCGACCUGGCAAAACCUCACAGGCGUGGGCAGUUGUCCCAACAGACAAGACGGACAUCAAGACCAUACAGAAAGAGACCGGGGCCAUGCCGAACUCCCGACUGGCACUGACGCAUGGACAAAGAACCUGA